GGCUAUUCGUUGAAAACUUCGGCGCCAUGGUCUUUCACUUCUUAUUUUCCUGUGCUUUCAUUUUUCUGACCGUCAGUGGACAGGCCACGGAUGUCGCUCGUUUGGCAGUCUCAAAACAAGUUCUUAACGAGUACAUCUUCCAGGGCAAGGAGUUGACAAUUUUGUACACGAUAUACAAUCUUCACUCAAGCCGACCUGCUAGGGACGUGGAAUUGUUCGACAGCUACUCAGAUACGGAAUUCAUUCAAAUUCACGGCAGCAAGUCCGCUCGCUGGCCCCAUAUAUCUGCUGGCACAAAUGUGACGCAUGCUGUUGUCUUUCUUCCUCAAGCCGCGGGAACAUACAAUUUCACGUCGGCAACGAUCACCUACAAUCUUGGUGAUCCUUCCAAGACUAUUUUGCAUUAUUCCUCGGCUCCGGGGCAUGUCAUAAUUUACCCUCUCAAGGAGUACAACCGUCGCUUUGCAACCCACACGAUGGAAUGGAUCGGAUUUGCAAUGCUGGUCACUCCUUGCUUGCUAAUUCCCUAUAUGCUAUGGCGUUCGAGUGCAUCCAAGUAUCUAAACUAACCUCACUGCACUGUCCUCCUGUACAGCUCUUGAAUUUUGUUUAUCUCCUCGGCCUUUUUGUUUGGUUCGGUGCGGUUGUGCAAAGAGGUUUCUUUCCCCACUUGUCUCAUGUCUCGGAAUGUUUCUUGAUUCUUGUUUGUCUUUCCCGUGUGACUUUGCGUUCUUUGUACCCUUUGCUAUUUCACAAUGAAGUUGUUUUGGAAGGACGAUUACAC